GGUUUCACCUUUGGCUUGUCAAAUGGACCUGAAGUGACAGUGAGUGUUAACCGUGAGAGCUCUACAAGCACAGGACUGCUGGGAUGUUGCGACAGAACGGCGGAAGCAACAAGCGUGGUUUGGGAUUAGCCCGACUGUCUACCUCCAACUUCUUCACCAUCUCGAAUUCAGCAAAUUGGGGAAUGGGGCGCAGCACCAAGAGCAGCUCUCUGAGCAGCAUUAGCUCCAACUCUGACUGCUACGAUAAUCCUGUUGUGGAUCCAGAAUAUAUCAUGCAACUGGUGAACGAUGUCAGAAAAUUUGCAGAUGUGCUACUCUAUUUGAAGGAGGCCAUUCUUUCAGAAGAAAAUCAGGAUGGCCUGCAUCAGAUAGUGCAUGAACGCCUGGGGGAGUUGCUGCGUGUUUUAAAAGCAGUGAUAAAUAAACAUCAGACUCUAAACUCAGUUGAUAUUCUUAGUGCUGCAGGAACAGUUAUUGCAAAAGUAAAAGCGGUGAACUUCAAAGAAGUUAACGAAGAGAACAAGAGAGAGCUUUUCAGUGAAAUAUCUUCUUCCAUUGAAACAUUGGCAUUCACCUUUGGAAACGUUGUUUCAGACUUCCUUAUGGGAGAUGUAGACAAUGGCUCGUCAUUGGGACUUCCUGUAUCUCGGAGGAGUCGGUCUUUUGAGAAUCUUUCUGUGGAGUCUGGGGGUUCAGUGCAUGAAAGGGAUGAUAUUCAAGCAGAGGAGGUUGAUAGCAUGCUCCUAAGAAACGACAGUGGAAUUGAAUCAGCUCUGUGCUAUGCUAAAGCAUGGUCAAAAUAUACCAAGGAUGUAGUCGCAUGGGUAGAAAAAAAGCUUAGUUUGGAAGUGGAGUGUGCUAAAAACUUAGCAAAAAUGGCUGAAACUGCUAAAGCUGUUGUUGGACAACAGGAUUAUAUGCCAUUCCAAUCAAUAUUCAUUAAUGCUUUUCAAAAUGAUAUUGAGAACAAUCAACUUUGGCAACAAACAGCUGCUGCUCUCCAGUCGAAUAAAUUUGUGCAGCCACUUCUCGGAAGGAAAAAUGAGUUGGAUAGACAAAGGAAAGAUAUCAAGGAUCUUUGGCAGCGAGAACAGAAAAAAAUGGUUGAGCUGGAAGCUGCUCUAAGAAAAGCAAAGUUGCUAUAUACACAGCGUCAAGAUGAGUACGAAAAGGCGAAAUCCUGCACUGCUCGUGCUGAGGAGGAACAUCUUAGCUCGAGUGGAAGCUUUGUAAAAGAUUUCAGCAAGCAGCUGGAGAAAAAACGAAGGCUAGAAGAGGAAGCUCUUCAAAAAGCUGAAGAGGCCAAUGAACACUAUAAAGCAAGCAUGGCGGAGGUUGAAGAAAAAAGAAAUGAUAUGGAAAGCUUUAAAAGUGAUGUUUUAACACAGCUUCGGGAGCUUAUUUACCAGUGUGAUCUUACUCUGAAAGCUGCAACAGUUAACCUGUUCCAGCUGCAGCACACUCAGGUCGUAUCUCUUCCAGUUAACUGCCAGUCCCUCUGUGAGAGUGCCAAACUCUAUGACCCUGGUCAACAGUAUUCAGAGUUCGUGAAAAGUUUGCCAAAGGAUGGUGUUCCUAUUGAAUCAGGCUCUUUUGAAACCCACGGUUCCCAGGUUGAUGGGGUUUUUAAUAAGCAAUCAACGAACAGCAUCCAUACAUCACAUGGUAACUUAUCUCAGUGUUCAGGAGAUUUUCCUGCUCAGACAUUAGAUGAUGUGGGAAGCCCAGUUUAUCAUCGUUCACAAAAGGUUGGAGAGAAGAGAUCUUCCAGCAGCACAGAUAUCCAAGUGCGAGGGCCACCACCGUUCAGAUCAUGGUCAGUUGGCAACCAGAGUGGAGGAAUGUGCAGUGAUUCUGAAAGUGCUGGGGGGAGCAGUGAGUCGCGAUCCAUGGAUUCUCCAUCUGCUAGCCCAGGGGACUUUAAAAGACGACUUCCUCGAACACCUUCCACUGGUACUAUGUCAUCUGCGGAUGAUCUUGAUGAAAGAGAGCCACCAUCUCCUUCAGACUGUGGUUUAAGCGAUCUGACAUCUGAAACUGCAAAUUCUCCAGGACCUUUUAGAAAUGCUAAUAUGUCCAAAGCAGCACAAACACACAAACUUAGGAAACUGAGAGCUCCAUCUAAAUGCAGAGAAUGCGACAGCUUAGUGGUGUUUCACGGAGCCGAAUGUGAGGAGUGUUCACUUGCAUGCCAUAAAAAAUGUUUAGAGACGUUGGCUAUUCAAUGUGGGCACAAAAAACUUCAUGGAAGGCUUCACUUGUUUGGGGUGGAAUUUGCCCAAGCUGCUAAAAAUGUUCCUGAUGGCAUUCCUUUCAUCAUCAAAAAGUGUACAUCAGAAAUUGAAAGCAGAGCACUGAAUGUCAAGGGUAUCUAUCGUGUGAAUGGAGCCAAAUCAAGAGUUGAAAAGCUUUGUCAAGCUUUUGAAAAUGGGAAGGAUUUGGUCGAGCUCUCGGAGCUCUAUGCCCAUGAUAUCAGCAACGUUCUCAAGCUGUAUCUCCGCCAGCUUCCAGAGCCCUUGAUUUUGUUUCGGCUUUACAAUGAGUUCAUUGGACUUGGAAAAGAAAGCCAGCAUGUUAAUGGGGACUUGGAUGCUAGCCCUAAAUCCAAGAAAAGGCAGUCACUCUGCAUUGAACUGAACAGGAUCAUCAUUAAAAUUAAAGAUCUUCUGAAACAACUACCUGUACCAAACUAUAACACUCUUCAGUACCUUAUUGGACACCUUCACAGAGUUACAGAACAGUGUGGUGAAAAUAAAAUGUCAGCCAGCAACCUUGGCAUAAUAUUUGGCCCAACUCUGAUCAGACCACGUCAAACUGAUGCUACAGUUUCUUUGUCAUCACUCGUGGACUACCCUUACCAGGCCCGGGUAGUGGAGCUGCUCAUAACAUACUAUGAAAAGAUAUUUGAUGUUUCAUUGAAACCUCUUCUGAGCACGUCUCAGUCUGAAGAAACAGCUGUUAUGGUCAGAGUUGCUUUAUCAGCAGAUGAGAGGGAGCAACAGCAGCAGAGGAAGCUGUUCACUGCUGUAAAGGAAGGUAUUCUAAUAGCUCCGAGUGAAAGAGCUUCAGAAACAGCUGCACUCUUUCUGGAGUCAAACAAUAGCAAGAAUACAAAAGAACAAGAAGAUACAUCUGGAACUGGUGAUGCUUUGAGUCCAACUUCAGAGAAAGACAACGAUCCAUUCAUUUCUCCAGGUGAAGACAGCUGUAAAAUAAACAUACUUCCUGCAAAAUCUAACCGUCAGAUUACCAAAGUUCCCCUGCGGGCUCCAAGGACGAAGCCAAGCUCUCGCCCCGUGAGCCUGCCUGUCGACAGAAUACUUCCUCCGUGUGUUCUCAAUGAAAGAAACUCUCGAAUUGCAGGAGCAGCGAGUCCAGAGAAGCUGGGCAGGAGCCCUACCAUUGAAGAAGUUUCAGAGGUGAAGGCACUCCCUGCUGUUAAUACCUGCUGCAGACUGCCUUGUUAUGACACACAGAUGCUGCGAAAAACUUGGGACAAGCAGUAUAAGCAGUAUGACAUCACAACAAGGACAGCAAUGAUCGUGACUAAUGUGCCCCAGGAGAGCCGAGCGCUCGAGAGUGGAACUGCAGGUGCUUUAUCAUCAUCAUGCAGCAUUGGUAACAAUUCAGCUAAUGCCAUUCUUCCUAGUAAGCCAUAUUCUGUUUCUGUCGGGUCAGGAAGGACAGCAACAGAAGAGAAUGGUCCUGAUGUUAAUCCUCUUACUGCCUUCAGGGCACCAAGAACAUUGCAGCCACCCCCAGGGACAUUUUAUAAACCACCCUCUAGCAAAUCAAAAGAAAAUGGAGAUGGUUCUUCUGCUAAAGCUUGUGCACCAACCAGUGCUAGCUCUGCGCUCCACCAGGAUAAUGCUGUGAAACUGGCUAAGAGCUCUGCACUUCCAUCAGGUGAUCCUGAACAAAACACAAAUGAACAAAAAACUAGCUCAGAGGAUGUUCACCCCACAGAUCUGAAGCCUACUUACCAGAGACUGAGACCAAAAAGGAUCCAAGAACUGGAACAUAGGGAAGCUCAUUUUGUAUAG